GAGAUGUGAGCACCACGGCCACAUUUAAGCUAUCAUCCUCAUCCGCCGACAGCAAGCUAAACUCUUGCAGUGAUUGCGCCCUGUUCUAACUUUAACCAAACGAAAAAGUUAACAAGAAACCGCUAAACUCAAAACAAAUUCAAAGCAAAACGCGUCAAGCCUAAACCAAAGCCAAGUCCAAAGUCCAACUAAACGCCACUCGAACAAAACUAAUAAUAAGGCCAGACUAACUCUAAUCCUCCUAAAACAUUCCCCAAAACAAAAAAAGAAAACAAAAAUCAUACAGAAAUCAUCCAGAAAAACCAUAAUUGCUUUAGUGUGUGGUAAAUAGGAAGAGGCUUUUCUUAGUCAGGAGCAGGAACAGGAGAGCAGCUGAAGCAGAAGCAGAAGCAGCAGUUUUAGGAGCAAAAGCAGAAUCAACAAAAGCUGAAACAUCAAGUAGCUUGGGGCAACAUUGUCAUCGUUUGACGACUGACGUUUGAACGUGACAGGCGUCGAGCAAUAAUUAAACAACUAACACAACACAACAUCUCGUCCACCCUUCCAAAAAGCAACAGAAAGAAAAGAGUAACAACGGCAGGUGCAAGGAACGAGUAUCGAGCAACGAGCGAACGCCCGUCGAAUGAUGUUAGACAUUAAGAAGACCAGAGGAUUCCAAAAGAUUCCACAGCCAUCCAAAUUGCAGCCAUCAACGGGAGCAGUAGUAGUACCAUCCUCAGCAGCAGAGGCCACAACAGCAGCAGCAACGGCAACAGCAGCAGCAGCAGCAGCAGCAGGUACUAAAGGUGCAGCCGGAGCAACAACAUCGGGCAGGGGAACCAGCCAGAACCAACGUUCAAAGAACCACAACCAGAACCAGAGCCAGACCCAGGCCCACGGUAGGCAAGCAGCAGGAGGAGCCAACGUGCCCUCGGUGGUUUCGAGCAGGACGCACGCCGCCCUGGCGUCUAUUAAGUACGGCAACGGAGGAGUAACUCCAGCCACACAGGUCCGUUCGACACUGGCCGGAGGGCAAGGCGGCGCUAGCAACACCACCACCACCACCACCACCACCACUACCACUACUUCCAGCAGUAAUCCGGUGCGGGCUGCUAAUCAGCGUUACUUUCUGGUAUCCAGCUACAAGGAUCCAACAUUUCUCAAGGCCGAAUGCGAGUUGGCCCACGCCCAGGUGACGACCACGACCACAACCACGGCCAGCAAAGCAAAAGGCAAUCGCAUACGGGCCGGUGAAGAUACCAGAAAUAACAAUAAUAAUUCGAAUCAACAACAGCGGCAACGGCAGAAGGGCAAAUCCCUCAGUGAUAUGCGACGGGGGCCCAUGUUCAAUGGCAAUCAGCAGAUCAGCACCAGCACGAGCCAGAGCCAGAUCCAUAACCAUAGUCAGAGCCAUAACCUGAGCACCACCAUCAAUAGCAACAGCAACAGCAACAGGAUCACCGCUGGCCACCAAACCAACACGAACGGGGUGCUCCACAAGUAUAGUACCCGUUCCGGUACCUCGUCAAAGGUCUAUGGCAAGCUGAAGCCGAUUAACGCGAACAACAACACGGCCGCCGCAGCAGCAGGAGCAGCGAUGAUGAAUGGACAUCAUCAUACCAAUAAUAAUAACAACGGAAGCAGCACCACCACCGCCGCCAACAGCAGCAGCAACAGCGGGAAUAACAACAUGAUGCAACGCCAGCAGCAACACGAUGACAUUACCUAUAUAGACAGCGACGAGCCGACAGCCAAUGGAGGGGCAGGAGGAGCUGGAGGGGCGGGAGCAGCGGCCACCAAGGCCAACAUAUGCUACUUCAAGCCAAUAACUCCACCGCUGCAGCUGCGACAUCGCAAUCAACAGCAGCAGGAGCAAAAGCAAUCUGGCAGUGGUGGAGCAAACAGCAGCCAUCGCUAUGCCCGACCCAAGUCCACCAUUAUAGCCUCCGCUCACUCGAACUUUGCGGCCAACUUUGAGAAGUUCAGCAGUGGCUAUCAUCGUCAGACCAAUGGUGGAGGAGGAGGCGCCGGCGAGGUUACUGGCGCCACAGAGAGCCGGUCAGCUGCCGGUGGCAAUGCUCGUCGUUAUGGAAUCGAUUCGCUGAGCAUUAAGGCUUCCAUUGAGAAAUUUAACAAUCUUAGUAUCCAGAAGAGACCCACAACCACGACCACAGCUAUGUUGGCCACCGGGAGUGGGACAGGUGGGACAGCUGCGGUCGCUGCCUCUGGAGGACGAAGCAAUCAUACAUCGCACCAGCACCAGCACCAGCACCAGCAGCAGCAACAGCAGGCCGCUGGCGGGAGCAGCGGCAACCUACAGCAGCGCUACAGCAGCGACCUGGACAACAUACGAGUGGCGGCAGCAGCGGGCUAUAGUAGUUCCCUGACCAGAGCCGCCUACCGGACCACGGCCACCAUGAAUAGUGUUAGUGCGACAACGGGAAUGGGUAUGGAAACAGGAGCAGGAGUGCAAGCCAGCCGCCAGGCAGUGAGUGCCGUGACUGCCACACAGGUAAACAGCGAUGCAGCUGGGCUAGGAACAACACCAACAACAACAACAGCAGUAUCAGCAACACCCAAUAAUGCCACCACACCAGCCACGUCUUCCGUCUCCACAGCCACAAGUACAGUAACAGCUACAGCCUCUAGCUCCGCCAGCGAUAGUACGCAGGCGAGGAGCGGCACUACUGGCAGCAGUGCCCGGAGCGUCUUGCCGCCCAUGACACCGACGUCGAGUCGUUACUGGGAUCGGGAUCGUGAGAGCGGCACUAGCCGUAGCAGCGGCUCCACUUCCACCCUUACCUCGUCGUCGCUGAAGCACAACUCGGAUGAUGGCUAUAAGAACGCCUCCUCGUCUAGAGAUGAGAAGUCAGAAGGUUUGUGCGGGCUGAGAAACAUCGGGAACACAUGCUUCAUGAACUCUGUCAUCCAGUGCCUGAGCCACACCCAAGAGCUGACGCGCUUCCUGCGCUCGCAGCACGGCUCCCGCUCGUCCUCCACCAAGGACCAGCAGAUACUCCACGAAUUUGCCAAACUCAUCCAGGAAAUGUGGACCUCGAAUGUGCAUACAAUGACGCCCAUGGAGCUGAAGCGUGCCUUCUCCACGAAGCACCGCAUGUACAGCGACUACAAUCAGCAGGAUGCCCAGGAGUUCCUGCGCUUCUUCCUCGACUCGCUGCACUCGGCCCUCAACACGGGCGUCAAGGGUGAGACGCUCAACAUUGACGAUAAUCUCAGUGACAAUAAGAAGGCGGACCUGACCUGGGAAUGGUAUACGCGGCAUGAGAACUCUCUGGUGCGCGACCUCUUUGUGGGGCAGCUAAAGAGCACCCUGAAGUGCACCACCUGCGGCAAUACGAGCGUUACAUUUGAUCCCUUUUGGGAUCUGAGCGUACCGCUCCCUUCCUCGUCACGCUGCAAGCUUGAGGCCUGCCUGGACCUCUUCAUACGCGAGGAGGUUCUUGACGGGGACGAGAUGCCGACAUGCGCCAAAUGCAAGACACGACGGAAAUGCACCAAGAGCUUCACCAUACAGCGUUUCCCCAAAUAUCUCGUUAUUCACCUUAAACGCUUCUCGGAGACGCGCUGGAGCAAGCUGUCGAACAUCGUUGAGUUCCCCACAUCGGAUCGCGAGCUCAACAUGGGCUCCUAUGGCGCCAACUCCAACUCGAAUGUGCAUUACUCGCUCUAUGCGAUAUCCAAUCAUAUGGGCUCGACGGCUGGCGGUCAUUAUGUGGCCCUGUGCAAGCAUCCCAUCUCCCGCAAGUGGCACGAGUUCAAUGAUAAUAUCGUCAGCGAUGCCUUGAGCGAAAACCAUCUCGUUUCAUCCAGUGCCUAUAUACUUUUCUACGAGCGUGCGUAAGGCCCGGAAGCAGGAGGGAGUCUUCGCUGAUUCUGGGCGUAGGGGCAACCACGAUAAAGUGGUUGCCUUGCACUCGCUUCAAGGAGCAGCGAUACGACGCAUACGAUUAUUGAAUGAGAUGCAGAUGCGAGCUUAGGACCAACACAAGCGGAGCAGGAGCAGGACUAGGAGGAUUGGCAGGCGGGCUCUUCGUAAAAUCGCUUCGUAGAAUUGCAUACAAAAGCAAAUUACUUAAUUAACUCAAGAAAUAAGAGAAAACAAGAAGGAAGAGAACCAGAAACUAACUCCUAACUAAAUACAACAAAAACAAAAGAAACCCAGAAAAAAAGCAGUGGGAGGCGGAAGCGAAGCCAAGUCCACGAUGAACGGAUGAACGAGAUUGGAUGUACAUAAGAAACGAACCCAAAACAAACAUACACAAAACAUGCAGACAGACAAACAACAAAACAAAGAUACAUAUAAUCUGUGCAAUAACAACUUUCGGCAAACCAGUAGCAAAACAAAAAAAAUCGAGCGGGGAUAAAGCCAAAGGCGUUGCAAGGAUUUAAUGUGUAUUUCCCUCCUGAUUAUUAAGUGUUAUUUAUGCCACGCCCCCUAUCUCUCUAUCUCUCUCCAUCCCUAUAACUAUCUCUUCUAAUAACUUCCGUUUAACGUCUCCUCGCGGCUCUGAGUCUGUCCCUUGGUUUGCCGAAAGCCUGUCCCUGUGGUUGUGUGCAAAAAGAAGAAACAAAACAUAAACGAUAAAAGGAAAUGAAAACCAACAAAAAGUAACGUAAGCUAAGCGACGAUGGAAGGGCAAUGCGACAAAAAAGAAGAAUGCUAAACUCUACAUAAGCGGAGAGAUACCUAAAAUUAUCUUUAAACACAAAUAUAUAUAUUUGAAAUUCGUCUUUCUUCUGCAAUGUUUCAUAAAAAAAGCCCAACAACAAAAAAGUAAAUGCAAUAAAAAUACUUAAAAAACUAAAGACGAUUCAAAGGCAACAAGUAAAACAAAGCAAAAAGAAAGAAAAGAAAAACCAAUGCAAUCGCACCACAAAAAUCACACUAAACAUAAACAAAAAGAAAACUAAAAACUAACUAGCUAAGUAAAAUGGCUUUUAGCAACUAAAAAGAAAACUAAAAAUUAACAAGUAACAACUAAAAACCCGAAAACAUAGUGAUUAAUUAACUGAUAAUGAGAGAAAUGAGAAAUAGGGAAGGAAGGAAAUGUUACCGAAAAACGACGCGACGUGCGACAGCUGACAACAACAAAAUAAAAUCUGCAUUGUGAGAACGUACUUAUGAUAAAUGUUAAACUAAAUUAAAAACUAAUUACAAAUUAACGGAAACAAUCGAAGAGGAAGUGAAGAGAAGCAGAUGCGGCGACAGCAAGAGAAAAACAAAGAAGAAAUAUUUAUCGUUAUCGUUUUAGCCGAAACACCAACCAAAAAACAAAACCAUCCAGCCUGCAUGGGGAAUUUCCCUUUUAGACGAAACACCAACUAGAACCAAAUCCAGAGUAGCAACCAAUUAGAGGGAAAUUCUGCCAAGGAGAGCCACAGCGUUCGUUCGUUCAGUUCGUUCAAAAUUGUAUAAUUUUGUGUUUUUGUUGCAAUGAUUGUUUUUUUUUCGUCCACGAAAGGGAGAAUUGUUAUAAUAGAAACCCAGAACUAGUCUCAAAAUAAAGCAAAGGAAAGCGAAGAAACAGCAA